AUGGUUAACUUUUGCAAACCAGACAAACUUCUUAUAGAAUAUAGUGAGCUUAGAUGCAUAUGUUUUUUUUAUAUUUUUUUAUUAUUAUGUUUUUUUAUUUGGAUUUUUCAUAAGAAAUGGAUCCGAGAUAACAUAGAAAAAAAACACAAAUUAAAAAAUUAUGAAGCUAUUUUUAAAAGUGAAAAUGUUGAAUUUUUUAAUUACAUCUAUGAAACAAAUGAUCCCAACGAAAUUGUAGUAAAACAAGAAGGAUAUAAAAAUUGCUAUAUUGGUUUUUUACUAAAAAAAAUAUCAAUAUUUUUAUACAUAUGUACACAUAUAAUUAUAAUCACUUCAAUAUAUAACGAAUACUGCAUUAAAAUAAAUAAUGAAAUUUUAUGGAAUGAUAGAGCUUUGGAAUUUUUUGUUUUUUUUUUAUUAAGCUUAACUAUAACAUAUGGUAUAUUAUUAAUCAGAAAGCAUAUACAAAGUUUAUUUUUAAAGCCAUCUAUAUUAAAAGAUAGUGAUUAUAUUAUUAUUUAUACUUUAAAUGAAGAAUACAGCACUUUUUACAAUACAAACUAUUUUAAAAAAUGUAUAACACAUAUUAACUAUAUGAUACAUAGUUUUACAAAAAAAAAAAAACAAUUUCUUAAAAAAUGUAAUUUUCAAAAAUAUAAUACCUCAUUUUUACAAUUUGUUUGCAACUCUCUAGAUUUAAUUAAAAAUUAUAUUCCUUUCCCAACUUUUUUAGAAAAAAUAAUUCAAAAUAUAAAAAAAUAUAUAAAACAAUCAGAAGUAUCAUAUUCAAAUAUAAAUACACACUCUUUUCAUGAUACAAAAAAAAAAACUCACAAUUUUUAUGCAAACUCAUUAUUCAUUGAUAAUAAUGCAGAAUCCCUGUCUAAUUCUGAAUUAAGAGCUAGCAACAAUAAUAUUGAAACAUCUCAAAAUAUAUUAGAAAAAAUUAAACGAAAAAAAAAACAAAAUGAUGAUAAUAAAUCAACAUAUAAAAAUCUAUCAGACAUUUCAGAAUACAAACAAAAUGAAACAACAACAAAAAAAUUUAAGUUACAUAAAGUACAAGUUAAAACAAAUGAAAAAAAUGUUAAAUAUUUUUUUUUUAGAAGUAUGAAAUAUUUAUAUAACGAAGAAAAAGAUGCAUUUAUUAAUAUAUCUUAUAGUAUUGACGAAAAAGUAAAUAAUUUUAAUUUUAAUUAUAUUUUAAAAAAAGGAGGAUUAAAUAAUAAUGAAAUUAUACAUAAUAUAAAUCAAUAUGGUUAUAAUAAUAUACAUUUAGAAGUAAAUUCAUUUUUUACAAAUCUUAAAAGAGAGUUACUAGAUGGAAUAUAUAUGUUUCAACUUUAUCUAACUUAUAAAAAUUUAUUUUGGAAAGAAAUGAUUACUUCAAUAAUUUGGAUUGUUAUAUCUAUUUUAACUGUAAUUAAAAAAGUUUUAAAAAAUCAAAAAAAUAAAAAAGAAAUAUAUGAUAACAUUCAAUCAAAUAGUAAUAUUAAUGUAACUGUUUAUAGAAAUGCAUUAGAACAACAAAUAUCAUCUAACAAUUUAACAAUUGGUGAUAUAAUUAUUAUUAAAUCACAAAUGACUAUUCCUUGUGAUUGUUUAUUAUUAACUGGACAGGUUCUAGUAGAUGAAAGUUUGUUAACUGGUGAAUCACGACCUAUGAAAAAAACAGCUACAUAUAAUGAAAAUCGACAAAUUUUUAAAAAUGAAAAAGAACAAAACAAUGAUACAGAAUUCUCUCUAAAUAAGCAAAAUAAAAUAAAUCCAAAUAAUAUUCUAUAUGCUGGUACAAAUAUUAUAUCAAUAUUAAACUCCCCUGAAAAUAUAUACGCAAUUGUAAUAAAUGUGAGUAUAUAUACUUAUAAAGGAAAAUAUAUGCAGAAUGUUUUAUUUCCAAACCCUUUACUUUUUAAAUACGAUUCACAAUUGCCAAUAGUUUUUAUGUUUACAAUUAUUUUUAGUCUAUUUUGUUUCUAUUUCCAAAUUAGAUAUUUAGGUUUAAAUAUGACAUCUGUUUUUUAUUCUAUCGGAACAUUGUCACAAAUAUUACCUGUAUGGACACCAGUUGUGUUAAAUAUUGGAUUAAACAUUUCAACAAAUCGUUUAAAAAAUGAAAAUAAUAUUUGCUGUAUUGCUCCUUCUAGAAUUCCAAUUUGUGGAAAAAUCCGAGUUUUUUUUUUUGAUAAAACAGGAACUAUUACUAAUCACAAUUUAGAAUUUUCAGGAAUACAUUUUUGUAAUAAUAUUUUAUCACCUCAAAAAAAUAUAGUAUCUAAAUAUUUUGAAAAAAAAAAUCUAGAACCCAUAGAUAACGAUGAUAUCAAUGCUUCUAUUCUCACAUUUUCCAAAACAAACACAAAUCCACUAACUCUAACUGAUUUAGCCACAAAUGAACAACACAAUAAUCAAACAACAUUAGUAACAACUAAUAUAAUAAAUAUAGACACAAUUAAUAGUAAACAUUAUAAUGAAAAAGAAAAUAAUAAAAAAAUAAUAGAUAAAAAUAGUAUGAAAAAUGGAGAAAAUAGUAAAUCAGUAAAUUCUUAUUAUUGUAGUGCUUAUAAUGAAGUAGGGGAAGAAGAUAUCAGUUCGUCAAUAUUUGAUAAACUAAAUUCAAAUAAAAAUAUUCUUGAAAAAAAUAUAAAUCAAAAUAAUAAAAUAGAAAUUACAGAUAAAUUAUCAAGCUCCGAAAAAGAUGAUUUCAAAUCACCAAAUUUUUCUAUUUGUGAAAAAAAUAGUCGAUCUAGUAGUGCUGAUUUAUUUCAAAGUUAUGACGAAGGUGAAUAUCAAAAACAUUCUGAAAAUAUUCCAAUUUCAGAUGAAAAAAUAAAUAUUAAUUAUCAGUCUAAUAAUUUUGAUGAGCUUCGAAAAAAUGCUGAAAAUAAAGAAGCUUUAAAAGAUUCAGAAACUUUUAAUGAUCAUAUUAAUCUACCAACUAAUUCUAAUAAUAUAAAUUAUUUUACAAAUAAACCAAAUACAAUAAAAGAAGAAAAUAAAAAAAAUAAUUCAAGUUUUGAUGAAAAUAACAAUAUAUCAAUCAUAAAUAAACAUUUUAUAGAUUCAAAUUCUUCUAUAAAUUCAGUAACAUCACUUCUUUAUAAUAGCAAACUAGUAUGGGCAAAUAAAAUAACUCUUGAAAAUAUGCCAGAAAAUUAUAAUCUAGUAGUAUAUGCAUUGGCAGGUUGCUCAUGUAUUUAUAUAGAUGAUAAUAUAAUAUAUGGAAAUGAAAUUGACAAAAAAUUAUAUGAAGCAACAGAUAUGAUUAUACAUAAUUAUAUUAAUGGUGAUAAUAUUAAUGUAAAAAGAAUUUCAUUAAAAUUUGAUUCUAUUUAUAAAUCUUUUGAUGUUAUCAAAACUUUUGAAUUCGAUUAUUACACAAAAAUAUCUACAACUUUGGCAUUUGGCUAUUUUGAUUUUCCAGAAAAAGUUUAUAUUGUAUUUUCAAAAGGAUCAUUUGAUAAAAUAUAUCAGAAAUGUAUUAAAACUGAUGAACUUUAUUUUUAUAAACAAAAAGAACAAGAGUAUAGUAAAAAUGGGUUCUAUGUCAUUGCAUUGGCAUUUAAAAUUAUUUAUGAUUUACCAAAAAACAAAAGUAAAAAUAAUUUUUUUAAUUUAUCAAGAAAUGAAAUGGAAACAGAUAUGAAUUUUCUUUCCUUAAUUAUGUUUAACAAUCAUAUAAAAGUAGAUGCACAUUAUGUAAUACAAACUUUAAAGAAUUCUUGUAUUCGUCCAAUUAUAUUAACUGGGGAUAAUGCAUAUAAUUGUUUAUAUGUUGGAAAUAAAAUCGGAUUAUUUAAUAAUAUAAAUACUUAUGAAUCUUUUUAUUCGUUGAAUGUUAAUUCAAAUAAUAAUAUAGAUUAUGCUAACAAAAGAAAUAAUACAAAUUUUUCGAAUCAAAAUCCUUUUAAUUUAACUGACAUAAAAUUUAUGCCUUUUGAAAACCUUUUUAAAUAUAAUUCUGAAUCUAAAAAUUUUAAUAGUUCAGAUAAUUACUCUCAAAUAAAUAAACAAUAUAUUCAAAACCAUGAAAAAUAUAAUCAGGAAACAAAUCCUCUAAAUUAUUCAAAAAAAAAACAAGAUAAAACCAAAAAUUUUAAAGAAAAUCUAAAUCUUAACCAGGUAAAUAAUAAUAAUGAUGUAGGAAAAAAAAACCAACAUAAUUCAAAAUAUAAUACUCUUAAUCAAUAUGAUAGUAACAUUAUUGACACACAUACAUCUAAAAUGGAAGAAGGAUAUCUUUUAGAAUCACAUAAAAAUAUGAAUCCUGUAAAUUAUAACACCCAUAAUUAUGAAGAAAAUAUUAUAAUAUAUGGAUAUAUAUUAAAUGGAGAAUUAAUAUUUGUUAACAUACAUAAUGAUAACAAAAUUAACAAUUCAAUUGUUUUAUAUAAAGAUAUAUAUAAAGAAAUUAUAUUAACUGGUGAAGCUUAUAAUUAUAUAAGGGAUCACAUUUUUAAAAUUCAAAGUUCUGAAAAUGAAAUAAAUUCAAAUUUAAUGCAUACUAACAAUGAAUUCAAACAAAAUUCAAAAAAAAUAAAACAAAAUUCUUCUAUAGAACAAUAUAAAAAUUUCCUUUUAAAAGUUAGAAUAUUUUCACGGCUUACCCCUAAUAAUAAAAUGGAAAUAAUUAAAGAUUUUAUUAAAUUCGAUUAUAUAUCAGGAAUGUGUGGAGAUGGUAGUAAUGAUUGCGGUGCUUUAAAAACAUCACAUGCGGGUUUGGCUUUAUCUAAUUCUGAUACAUCUGUUGUAGCCCCAUUUAGUGCAAAAAAUGAAAAUCUAAAAAGUGUUAUAGAUAUAUUAAGAGAAGGUAGAGCAUGUUUAGUUACAUCUAUAAAUUGCUAUAAAUAUAUGCUAUUAUAUGGCUUUAUGAUAUCAAUUAUAAAAAUUAUUCUUUUUAUGCGCGCUCAUGCAAUUAUGUCAGAAUAUGGCUAUUUAUUUUUUGAUAAUAUUAUACUAUUAUUAUUAGCUAAAUCUAUGACAUUAUCAAAACCUGAAUAUAAAUUAAAAACACAAACCCCUACUUCAAGUAUUAUUGGCGCUCAAACUAUACUAUCUUUAUUAUGCACUCUCAUAGUUAAUUUUUUCUUUUUAUAUAUUAUUAUGUUUAAAUUUUUUUUUCUAUAUAAUUUGCCAUCCUCUUAUUAUAUUAAUAUUUCAGCCCCUAAAUCUUCUUGGUGGCUUAUGAGUGAUAACUAUGAAAGUUUUCUAACAUGUAUUUGGUUUUGUUUUCAAAUUGUUAAUAGUGCCUUUAUAUUAACACUUGGUGGGAAAUAUAGGAAACAUAUUUUUUCUAAUUACACAUUUAUGAUGUACUAUGCCUUAAUUAAUUUAUUUUUGUUUUAUUUAACUAUUGGGGGGCCCAAUAAACUGACAUGUCUUUUCCGUAUGAAUUGCAAUGACGAAGUUUCAAAACAAACAAAAUUUAAAAUUUUGGAAUUAUUUUCAUAUUCGGCUGGAGGUUUAUCCUUUUAUGGCCCCAAUGGAAAUAAUAUUCUAAGCACUGAAGUUAAAAUAAAAUUCAUUUUUUUAAACUUUUUAAAUAUAAUCAUUAAUAUUUUAAUAUCUAAAUAUAUUUUAUGUGAAAGAUUUUAUAAUAUUGUCAGAAAAUUUUUUAAAAUUCAAAAUAGACGAAUUCCCACUUAG